AAAAAAAUGAAUUGGGCUUUGUGAACAGUAAAACUCCCAAAUUUGCAAAUGACUCAUCUUCUUCACCUGGAGAGAAUCUAGGGUUCCAGAUUUACUCUUCGUCUUCCUCUCUUCGCUUCUUCCCCACUGGGAUUUUCCUUUUCUUCUCCUUUUUUCUCUACCCAUCGAUCUACACAUCCUGAUCUUCUUAGAAGCCCCAAUCCUUAUACAUUCCGGGAACAAAAAACCUAGCUUUUUUUUUAUUCCGGCUUAACCAGUUUUCGAAAAACCCUAGCUUCCAUGGCGAAAACUCGACCUGGUGUCGCCUCCAAAAUUAAGACGGGAAGGAAGGAGCUGGACUCUUAUACCAUCAAGGGCACCAACAAAGUUGUGAGAGCGGGAGAUUGUGUGUUGAUGCGCCCAUCAGAUGCUGGUAAACCACCAUAUGUGGCCCGUGUUGAGAAGAUUGAAGCUGAUGCGAGGAACAAUGUGAAGGUGCACUGUCGAUGGUAUUACCGCCCUGAGGAGUCACUUGGUGGUAGGAGACAAUUUCAUGGAGCCAAAGAGCUUUUCUUGUCUGACCAUUUUGAUGUUCAAAGUGCACACACCAUUGAGGGAAAAUGCAUUGUUCACACCUUCAAAAACUACACGAGGCUUGAAAACGUUGGGGCAGAGGAUUAUUAUUGUAGAUUCGAGUACAAGGCUGCUACUGGCGCAUUUACCCCUGAUCGAGUUGCUGUGUACUGCAAAUGUGAAAUGCCUUACAAUCCAGACGAUCUCAUGGUGCAGUGUGAAGGCUGCAAAGACUGGUAUCAUCCUGCGUGUGUUGGCAUGACGAUUGAAGAAGCAAAGAAGCUUGAUCACUUUGUAUGUGCUGAAUGCAGUUCUGAUGACGAUGUCAAAAAAUCGCAGAAUGGGUUUACUUCAUCUCCAGCUGAUGAUGUUAAGGUCCGUUUGUCUCUCUUUAGUCAUCUCCUAUAUAGAUGUUCUAUCACUUAUUUAUAACUUUAGUCUCUGCCCCUCUGUGUGCACCUGUGUCAUUGAGAUCUGGGAAAAGUUACUAAAACAAAAUUAUGCACUGGCUUAAUGGUGCUUGAUGAAUGGUGGAUGACCAGAAAGAUACAAUUUAUGGUUAUUGGUCCUGUAAGGAUCUUAUCUUUACUUAAGAUUCCUCCAGGUCUUGCUGCAAAACAAUCUGUCUGUUAAGGUUAUCAUCAAAGAUCAAUUUUUUUAAUGCUUCUACUUCCAUACACUUAAGCAUUCUGUAGAUAUCAGAUUAGAAAUCUCUGUGACUGUUACGGGAGAGAACCUGAUUUUUAAAAGCUUUUGUUCCUUACCUUCUGAAAUGUCUGGCACUCUAAGGAACCCGUUUUUUCCUUCCUAUUUUGUGCCCAAAGUCUUGUCACCGAUAUUAACAAGGCUGAAAUGUUUUCAUCAUCAGGUGGAAACGAAGCGCAGAAAA